GUGCAAAUUGAAACAGGGAGGCCGGGGUGGGUGUGUGUCACGGAGAGAUGGUUCUUUCCUUCAGUCUUUUCACCCCCUAGAGCUUGCUCACAAUUGUGUCAGGCAAACCAGUUCCAGCCCCUCAUCUGUAGCGUGCAAUAAGGUUUCAUGAGCCAGCGCUCACUUGAUUCAUCUGAUGCAUGAAGUGGUGGUCUCGACCGAAAAAAUAUAUACAGUGUAUAGAAGGCUGCUCAUUUGAAGAGAGAUCAACAUAAAUUGUUCUUCAUCAAGGAGUUGUCUGAGUAUCGGAAGUCGCCUUCAGUAGAAUGGCAAAAGCAACAACUAUUAAGGAAGCUCUAGCCAGAUGGGAAGAAAAAAAUGGUCAGAAGCCAUCGGAGGCCAAAGAAGUGAAACUUUAUGCCCAGAUUCCCCCUAUAGAGAAAAUGGAUGCAUCUCUUUCCACUCUAGUUAGCUGCGAAAAGCUGUCCUUAUCUACAAACUGCAUUGAAAAAAUUGCCAACUUGAAUGGGUUAAAAAACUUACGGAUAUUGUCACUGGGAAGAAACAACGUAAAGAAUCUGAAUGGACUGGAGGCAGUUGGGGAUACUUUAGAGGAGCUGUGGAUCUCAUACAACCUGAUUGAGAAAUUGAAAGGGCUCCAUGUGAUGAAGAAGCUGAAGAUUCUCUACAUGUCAAAUAAUCUGGUAAAAGACUGGGCAGAGUUUCAGAGGCUGGCAGAGUUGCCAUUACUGGAGGAUCUGGUGUUUGUAGGUAAUCCACUGGAAGAGAAAUAUUCCGCUGAUUCGCAGAGUGCCUGGGUUGAGGAAGCAACGAAACGAGUGCCCAAACUCAAGAAACUUGAUGGUAUUCCAGUUAUUAAGCAAGAAGAAGGGGAAGAAGGGGAAAAUCCAGCGUGACUUUUUUCUUGUUCCCUAUUAAAUUAUUGCUGUAGCUCCAGCUCUAUACAGUAUGUGAAACUUUUGUAUAAAUAUGUCUUUGAAGAAAAUCUUGGGCAACAUUUUAAAUUGGCUUAUCUCUGUGUUCUCCUUUCUCACCCAAAGACUUAUUUACCAAAACUGGGGAUGCCAAUUAUGUGAAGCAUUUGUCUUUUUUACUAUGAGCGUUUACUGUUUGUUUAAUUUAAAUGUAAUUCUUGCAAGUACAUUUUUUGGGGGAGGGGGUGGACCGCAAUUCAGUCUUCCUAGUAAUGGGCACAUUUGUUUAAUGUGUUUGUUCAGCAGAGUUUUUAAUCAUUUUAAAACUGGGGGUGGGGGGAGAAGCAACAUUUUUUAUUAGACUAUUUUAUACCAUCUGCUUUUUUUAAAAAGCAAGCACCUGAAACUUGGUAUGCUCUACAUGUUUGUCACAGUGUCUCAUCUUUUUCUUCCUAUUUGCUAUGCUAAUUAUAGUCAUAUGGACACUAGUGACAAUGUUGGUUUUGCCUCUUACAAAGUGAAACUCAUUGUGUAGAUUAAAAAAACAAAAUUUGUUGCUGCUAGGAACCCAGUACUUAACAUAUUGAGCUGUGUUGGUACCUUAAUUGUCAAUGUUUCUGGAAGCCACUUACUGUUUUUAUGUACCGUAUUAGUUGGAAAAGUGAAGGCAAUAUAUGUGGUUGUAGAUGAACCACUAAUUUCCUGACCAUCAGUUUGAUUUGAUUCAUGGGUUGAAUUUUGCAUCCUUUGUUUAAAGACUUGGGCUGCUGGUGUGUUACUGAAUGGCAGAAUCAUUCAUCAGUCUGGAAUUUUAGUAAUGUAAGGAGGGGCAGCAGCUGUUUAAAGAGGCCCAAAUCUUGCAGCUUAUUUGAAAAUAAGCUUCACUUUCAGGGUUCAAUCAAUGGUGAAUGACAGCUGAAGAAAUUGUAGGAAGAAAAGAAGGGAAAGGAAAUGAGGCUGUAUGUAGUCUGUGUGCUCAAAUGCGCUCUAUUUUUACAUGAAACAAGAAAGCCCUCAACUCCUGUCACCAAUAGAUAUUUUGUUUAUACCAUUGGACUUCUAAAGUCAGUCCUAAAAAAUUUAAAGGAGAGCAACUGGGUGUUUCAGUUUGUUGUAGGCAGUACAGUAGUUAACCUGAAUGCAGAGAUUAACCUGUAAUGGCAUGUUGCAGUCAGUUCUUCCCUUGCUCCAGUUCUUCUUACUAAAUGAUUUUGACUCUUGACAAUCAAUUUCAUUGUUAACAUGUGAUAUAGGAGCAUAAAAUGUGGUCCAUAUUACAUCAUCAUUUCCCACAUACUCUAAUCCCCAGCCCAAUAAUAUCUAUAAUUUAGCCUUUGGAUAUGCAAAAUAAAAAAUAAUCUAGUCUAGUCAUAACCAUUAACCAAUCUAAUCUAGUCUUAACCAUUAACCAAAUUAGAUGAACAAAGAAGUUAAGGGAGAAAGGAUUUAAAAAAUAAUAAUUUAAUAAACUAAAUAUAUAUGCUAAGCUGUCAUAUCAGUAUACAAUAAAUAACACUGAUGAACCUGAUAAGAUGUAUGAUGCAUGUAUAUAAGAAAAUAUAUCAAAUGCCCGAAUGUGGUUCAACCUCAAAGGGUGUUCUUUGAAAUCAACCAAUGAUUUCAAGCAAAGCCGUACAUGCAGGUUAUUUUAAAAAGAAGUAAGCAAGUAAAAGGUCUGGUAAUAUUUGUAGUCCAUAAAUCACCAGCUGAUGUUAAGGAGAAGCCACAUUUAUACAUUCAUAAGUACAGGUCCAUUCAGUCUGUGUAUAGAAAAGAGAUACGGUCCCAUGUUAGAUUUGUAUGAAUGGUAAAUUCCAGACAUUACUAUGGGCUGCAAAUUUGCCCCAGAACUAACUUGUUUGUUGGAUUAGCUAGAACAGUUAUAUUUUAACAGCCACUUUAGCCUUUGGAUCAUAACAAACUGUAGAACACGGCAGUUGUAUAGCACCUGGUUAAUCAUAUGGUACUCUACCAACUGUCCCAAAUCUGUCUGUUUUUUAUUAGGCAUUAGCCAAUCAUUAUAUUAUCCUCUGAUUUAUUAGACAAGAUGUCUGAUUUUAACCAUUCUUUUAAGUGAGAGAAUGCUCCUCCAGUUUUGGGCUUGUAAAAAUAAUCCCAUUUAGAUUCUUAAUGUACAACAGAGGUGGCUAACACUCGGUCGCAGGGGGCCUGAUCCACCCCAAACCAAAAUUUGUCUCCUCCCCACCCCCUCCAAUGUUGAUGGCAAAUGCACACGUGCACCCCCUAUACAGUGUCAAUGGAACCUAGUGCCCUAGUGAGGAUUAAAAUAGUUUCCUCCCUUAUCACCAGAUUGAUAAUUUGAUGGGUGGAGAGGGACAAUAACCCCUCCUCAGUCGAUCUGCAUGGGGGCUGUGUGUGUAGUAGACUAUGUAUUAUUUGUGUGUAUGACAAAGGUUUCGCCACACCUGCUGCUGACCUGUGGCUCCUGAAGUGUUGGCAAAGAGUGGAUGCAGCUCUCAGUUAAAAUAAUAAUACUAGAAUAGUUAGCCUCAACAAUCUAGAAUUUGAUUAGUGUUGUGAUGGAAUUAUUAUUUUUUUUACUAUUGUUACAUUAGUUAGUUCCCUAUAAGGAUAUUUGGAAUAAUAAUUUGUGGGAUUAAAAAUAAAUAAAAAUAAAGUUGCAAUAUACUAUGCCAAUAAAUAAAACCUUUCCCCCAGAAACACAUUUUUCUUUUCUAAGAAGCAUAGCAUUUUUAUUUCCAUAGUGUAUAUUUAUAUUUCAUGCUAAUUAUUUCUAUAAAUCUUUGUAAGCAAAUAAAUUAUUUUUUAAAAUAUGCAUAUUCACCAAUCAGACUUAAUUGGCAUUGUUUUUCCCACUAGGGACCUCGUUCUCAACUUUUGACUGUACAUCAGUUUAGUAACCCAGGCCAGUGGUGGAAAACCAGUUAGUCUUCUGUGAAUAGAUGGGUGAAUGGAUUGAUAGCUCCCAGUCUAGCGCAUGUUACUUUAACAGCGUAGAGCAGUGAAGCUCUGUGUGGGUAUAGCAUUCUCCGCCCUUGUGCUUGAAUAGCUCAUUUGCCUACUUGCUGUCCUUGCCGCUGUAGCAAUCCAGGAUUGGUUCUAACGUAAGGAGAGCCCUUAUGCUGGAUUAAACUCAUGUAGUAGACCAACAAUCUGUACUCACAAUGGCCAACCAGAUGCCUGUGAGAAGCCCACAAACAGGUUCUGCUGGUAAGGAGGCUAAUGGGUGUUGCAGAACUGGAGUGGGAGAUGCUAUUUCUGCAAAUGUCAUGGGGUGCACUCUCAGGAUUCAGGGCUGGCAAUAAAUCCUGCAGGCCUGUUAGAAGCCACUUGUCAGGUAGCCUGUGGCAAAGUAAGAAUUUCCUCCAGGCAGGCUAGUUUUUGUAUAUUGGAAAUGAGGCUGUUCUCUCCCCCCGCCCCUUUGAAAUCACCAGUGUGCCCUAGAUGACCACAUGAACAGGGUAGUUAGUAAGAUUUGUAGACUAGUAACUUUAUGGAUCUAUUUUGAAGGCUAGGAAACUGCAGGAUGCUUAAACUUUGGUGUGGUGUUAGCUAUGCAGGGAACCCGGUAAUCUUAGCAGCCAAAAUACCCUUUUUCGAAAAUAAAAUAUUUUAGUAAGCAAUCCUCUCGGCUACAGAAUUCUACAUUUUCUGCCAUCCUGAAGUUUCACAGUUGUUGCUUAUAUGCACUGUUAAAUGUGCGUAAAUAUACUCAGGAAUGAGAUGCAAUACAUUUUGGAUAAUCGGUAGUAUUUAGAUCAUAUGCUCUUGCUAAAGCCAAUGGGGUUAAUAGCUGUGCUGUCCUUACAUAUGAUUGUUCUGAAGCCAGUGUUUUGCUCUAAGUUCCUCUGCUAAUGUUAUUAGAAACAAAAUAGUUACAAAGGAAUAGUCUUUUGGAUAAACCUUUACGCACAUCUUGUGGUGUGAUGUAAGUUUUUGGUCUAGGAGCGGAACAGAUGACCAACAAAUAGAUCUGCUCUUUAAUUAGCAAAAUGAGUUUCUUAAGUCUUGGUGCUAAGCUUUCCCAAAGUAACACAUUCUUAAACUCCUACUAGCAGCUGGUGUUGUUUCUCACUAGAGAUUAGCUGGACGAAUUAGUUCUCAGUCCACAUAUUAUUAUUGCUCAAGCUCAAGCUACAGUUGUUUAUAGAAAAGAUGUCCAUAGUGCCCAGCUGUCUGCAUCUGGUCUGUUAAUUUAAUACUGUUGCAGUGUACUUUUACAUAAAGGAUUUAGAAGAAAAAGCCAAGGGGGUUUAAGAGAGGAAAAAUAGAAAUCCAAAACUGUUUACAUUAUUUUUAUAUAACUUUUAAGAAAAACAUGCCUUUUUUAAUGCAUUUGGUCAUGGUUGAAACAAUUAGCAGAAAACGUUUUUUCACUCCCAUUGAUCAGUUUUGUAACUCAGGUUAAAAAUCAUGGAUUAUAUUGAUAUUUGUGAAACAACAUUAAUAAUUCUGAAAAAUUAAGUAAUAAUGAUGCUAGGACAUCCAGACUGGAGCUCCCGUUUUACCUGAUUUUAGUUUUGUUCAAGCAGAAAAUUGUAAUGCAUUUCUAUGCACAUUAUUCUUCGUCCUGAAUUUGCACUGCUGUGCUCAUGCAUGUAUAAACAUCACCAUCAAUUUGGUGCAAUGUGUUGGAAAAGGUGGAAUAUUGGAGAACCCAAAAGAUGGUGUCACAAUUAGCCGCUACUUAAAAAUUGUCAGGAGUUAGCAAGACAUUUGAUGAUGGCACAAGUUCAGCAUGCAAUAAGCCAGAAAAGACGGACAAUGCAAGAUGAGGGGCAGAUAAGAGGUUUUUCUUCAGGUCAAGCAAGGUUUCUAAAGAGGUCCAAACUUUUUGUGAGUGGCUGUGUGGGAAGUAGUGCAUGAAACUGUUUGAGAAUACAGCAUGUGGUGUAGGUGGCAGCAGCUCUUUUAAUGUAAGCAGUUAUCAGUAGUAUCUGUCCCUAUGGAAAUCUGUUCCCAAGGUUCCCAGCAAACAGUAGUUGCCUGUCCUUCAUCUUGAUGUUGAAAUUUCUUGUGUGCAAGUGUGAUUUAAAUUUAAUCAAUGUCGAACAGUUCAGCUUCCUUCAGGAGGAGGGGUUAGAGAAUUUUAACAGGAGGAAUUUUGGGUUUUCUGGUUUUCAUUUAAAGGCUAGAAGGGCAAUGAAAGGUCACUCUUAAGUUACUUGGGUGCUGUACUUUUCUGAAAUUUGCCAAGCGUUUAAUAUCCUUCAUAAGGAAAGCUGUUAGGCAUAAGCGUAGAACUGGCAGAGAAACACUUUUGUAGCCAUGCCAUUUAAUAUCAGCAGUUUUGCAGAAAAAGCUUUCCCAUGCUUCCUGGAUUCCUUAGGGCUGUUCCACAUUGCAGAACAAGACAGAUAGACCCUCAUGUUUCCACAGUGUGUCACUUGUGCCUUUUUUUCUACAGCACUUGAAUAGGAGACAUAUGCAUGCAAGCACCCAGAGAAUGUGGCCUGGAGCCUCAUUUCCCAAUUGCAUGCACUCAUCUACUACUUAAACUUUACAAACAUGGCCAACAUGGUGUGGAAAUGCAGGACGGGACUCCUAUCUUGUCGAAUGACUGGAGCAGCCCUUACAAUGAGUGUCAAUAGUGGUCUGCAAUCUCAUGAAGGUCAUAGACCCAUUAAAGCUACAUCGUCCGGCAGAGGAUGGUGGUGGUAUUAUCAUCUAAUAGGCACAUUUAGGAAAGUAGUCUUAAGAUCCUUUCUACAUAAGUCCAAGCAUCAGGUUGAUUUGACAUUGCUGUCAAAUUAUUCCAAAGGAAUUAAUUUAAUAUAAGAAUCUUUACUGGUUGAAAGAGGUCACAUGUUGGUGAGAAAUAGAUGCCAUUUCUUGUCUUGGUGAAUGGAUUACUUUACUAUUGUGGAACAAAUCAAAAGUCAAAUUGCCAAAAUAAAAAUGGGUGUUUCUGAAAAAAAAUUGCACUUUAAAUUUAUGCACUGGAUUUUGGUGAAAAGCAAAGCAAAUGGUUAGCAGGUAUGUGGUUGCUCAGAGAAAAGGGCUGUGUGGUACAGCAAAGAAUUAAAAGUGCUUCCUUCCUUCAUUGCUUGAACUAUCUUGCCUUUCCUGUGAUUAUUUAGCCUAUGUUAUUGAACAUGGAAAACCCAUGUGAUAACCUGUAAGCUAUGUUGAAUCCCCAACUUCAUUGGAAAUGGGGGUGGCUUACAUUAAUCUUAUUUAAUGGGGGUUUAUACAAAUAUAAAACAUAUUGGCAUCAACUGGAAAGGGGUUCAUUUGCUUCCCAGUCUGUCUAGCUACUGUGUACAAUCAUUUAUGCAAACAUGUCAAAGGGCAUUUGAAGUUGGCAGCUCUCACUUGUUGACCAUUAUGGCUCCAUUAGAAGACUCUGCUUCUAAAGUAAACUCUAUGGAGAGCAAUUUUUAAGCACCUACCAUGAUGAUAAUUGGUUUUUAUACAGUAUAAUUAUAUAGCAUGAUCAUAUUAUCAAACUUUUUUGUCAAGUUAUUUAGAUCUGGUUUUAACUGUUUGUGAAACUUGUUUAAAAUAGAAAUAAAUGUUUUAUACAAAGGAC